GGUCAGGCGAUUAAAGCCUUGGAUAUUGGCCAGUGAGCUCUCAAACUGGCCUUUUAAAAGAUUCUUGAAGAGGGACCCUCUGGGGAAGAUGUCAGGGCAAACUUCCUAGCUGCUAGGAAAGCACACAGCCUUUUCAAAGGGGUUCUAGAAGCCAUUGCCUCAUACUUGGAGGUCACGCGUCUCUUCUCAACUGAGGUCCAAGAUGGUUUGCAAAACAGUUCUGAUCACCGGUUGCUCCUCUGGAAUUGGACUGGCUUUGGCUGUGAAGUUAGCACAGGACAAGCAGAAAAGGUUCAAAGUGAUUGCCACAAUGAGAAAUUUGUCCAAGAAGGAAAAGUUAGAAGCAGCAGCAGGCUAUGCCCUCCACAAAACUCUGGAAAUCAAACAGCUGGAUGUCUGCGAUGAGAAAUCCAUCCGCAACUGCAUCAACAGUAUUCCCCAACGGCACAUUGACAUCCUCAUCAAUAACGCUGGUGUUGGUCUCAUUGGUCCCAUUGAGUGCCAGUCUAUUGAGGAGAUGAAGGCCAUCAUGGAGACUAACUUCUUUGGUGUGGUGAGGAUGAUCAAGGAGGUCCUCCCUGACAUGAAGAAAAGGAAAAAUGGUCACAUUGUGGUCAUCAGCAGUGUCAUGGGUUUGCAAGGUAUUGUGUUCAAUGAUAUCUACACAGCCUCCAAAUUUGCUAUUGAGGGCUUCUGCGAAAGCCUCGUCAUCCAGGCGCUCAAGUUCAACAUCUUCGUCAGUUUGAUAGAGCCAGGUCCAGUGGUCACUGAGUUUGAGAUGAAGGUCUAUGAAGAUGCGGAGAAGGCCGACUAUUCCCAGACUGAUUCUGAAACAGCUGAGAUAUUCACCAAGAUCUACCUGAAGAAUUCCAAGGCCAUCUUCUCCAGCUUGGGCCAAACCCCAGAAGAUGUGGCUGAGCACACGUUGAAGGUCAUCACCACCGCCAAGCCACCCUUCCGUCACCAGACUAAUGCCAUCUAUACACCCAUGACUGCCCUCAAGCAUGCUGACCCCACUGGGGCCCUGAUGACUGACUCCUUCUACAAGAUGGUCUUCAGAUAUGACACCCUUUUGCAUGUCAGCUUGAAGGCCAUCCGGCUCAUCCGCUGGCAAGCCCACAAAAUGAGACAAGGGGCCAGGCUAUUGGGCUUCAGAUGAGGUGCUUCAGAGGCUUAAAGAUGAGAGUUUCAAGGAGAGGAGAGACCAGGAGGCAAUACCAAGAGACCCAAUCAGGAGAACAUUUCAAGGAUUUGUUUCAUUAUGGCAGAUUUUCUGUCUGCAAUUUUUAAAUGUUCAUAACAUUUAGUUGUAUCUUCACACCACAUCAGGGUGGAUAACUGUGGAAGGCAAGGAGACAGUAUUAAACUUCUAGGAUCCAUUAGAUGGUCACAUCACCCAAGCUAGUUUUGCAAAAAGUGUUUAUAACAAUUGCCUCAAGGGCCCCUGAGGGACCUGAGGUAUAUUUUCAUCAUGAUGUUGGGCCUUCUAUUUAGGUCCAAAUAAGUUGAGAUAACAAUAGGAAAUAAUUGGAAAUCGCCUCCAAAUGUGAUGGAAAUACACUCCCCCACUACUCCUGGCAGCCAUAAAGAUGUCUUGGGGGUUGCAUAUAGACCUCUAUGUUACAUCUUUAAGUCCUGUUUUGUAUAUGACUUGCAUGCUUUAUCACCGUAGCAGGUAUCCUAUUGGCUUAUCUCAACUAGAGCAGACAUAUUUUUGAUCAUUUGUUGUAUGGUGAGUUGACACAAACUAGAGAAAUCCAGUGGAUUCAAUGGCUCUUCUAUAACCAGAACUAACAAUAGAAUUUAAGCACAUGAUUUGGGGCCAGAAUCCAGUUGGAGCCUUAUGCUUGCAUUGAAAUAACUGCACAAACAGUUGCAUUUUGUCAGAGAUUAUAUAAGUGAACCAAUGGUUUUACAAGAAUAUAUAAAUAAAGCCAGUGAGAUAUGGUGAAAACUGGAAUCCAUCAAGGGACAAAAUGUUAAUGGGUAGGAGGAACUCAGUCCAAGAUAAAGUGAAAAUGGUCAAUUUGACUAAUAUGGGAGCUUAAAUCCGUACUGGAUCUGCAAAUAUAACAACUGGACUUUUUUUGCUGGUUGUAAAACCAGCAAUCCUUAAUCUACUUUCUAGAGAGCUCCUAUUCAACUGAAUAAAGUCUGUUUCUAAGUCAAUACACUUUCCUGGAGAUCAUGCAAUUGUAAAUAGAAAGCAUGAGACAGUAUGGUGUCACACCAUGUAGAGCCCAAGUUAUAGUUGUGGGGUUGGACAAGAUCUGCAGUUGUGGAAAUAAAUUUGAGUCCUUCCCAGUUAUGAUGUAAAAAUGUUCUUUACACUAUAAAGUUUAUGACAGA